ACAGUCAGUUGUGUUUUAUGUCUUGUUUACAAAAUACAAAAUAUUGUUGAAAGCAAUCGCUUCACUCACUGUUCCAAAGUACUUAGUCCGUCCGUUCGUUCGUUGCGUCGUCGUGUUAAUGGUCUUCAACUUCAAGAACAACAAAAAGAAAUAGAAUAAUAACAAAAAACAAAAGAUUGCGAAACUAACCAGUAACAACACAACAAAUCAACUCUUACCUUAACUACCAACUUUGCAAUACCUCGAAACCACUCAACGAUACUCUCAAAGUAUAAACAUCUUAACUCACAACUAAAAUAAGAUAAGGAAAGCAAAAAUAUAUAAAACAAGAAUUAAAAAACAAAAAAAACUAAUCAUAGAUCAAACUGGAAAAGAUACCGAACCACACAAAAAUAAAAAAAAAAUAUAUAAAUGCUUAGAUUUUAGAUAAAAAACAAUUUUCAAACUAGUCAAUAAUAAUUUCAAAAAAAAAAUAAAGAAGAAGCAAAUAAACUUAAAAAAAAUAACAUCAUAGUCCUCCAAUCAUCACCACCGCCGCCAUCACCAUCGCCAACAAUCACACAAAAUACUCACAUAAUAUGCCUGUAAUUUCGCCCAGAAGAUUAACUUCAUCAACCAGUGGAAGUUUGUAUAUACCACAAACAACCAGUGGCACAUAUUCCUCGAGCCUGACAAACAAAUCCACAACCGGAACCGGAUCCAGUGCGCUCUCUUCGUCUUCGUCUUCUUCCACAAGUGGCUACAGUUCAACCUACCGAAGCAACGGAUACACAAAAAGCCCAUCAACGACCUAUUCGAGCAGCUCCUUCUAUCCUGGAUCAUAUUUAUCUCGUGGAGCUUUAUCUUCCUCAUAUCGUGCCAGUUCGUACCUGACCGGCGGAAAUAAUGAUACAACAACAGCAUCGAGUCGAUUUGGACAAAAACGUAGUGUUGAGGCUAAAAUCACUACAAUCUCCUCCAACAACACCAACUCCACGACGACAACCCAGACAACUUCUGCCGCAGCUGGCACAACCACAACAACUUCCAAAAAUCCAAAUACAAAUCCAACUUCAAACCAAUCAACAACAAAAACAACAACACCACCAAAAACAUCAGCGAAAGCUGAUAAUCAACAAUUCUUUCUAAUUUCCGCCUUCAAGGAUCAGAACUUUCUUAAAAAAGAAUGUGAAUUGGCGCGCUCGCAAGUCUCUCGUUCGAGACAAAGAUUCGAAUUGGAAAACGGCAUUGAUGACGACAACAAUAACAAUAUUAUCAACAACAAUAUCGAUGACAGUCAAUGUGUCAAUAAUAAUGAAAAUGGUGGCUCGCCAUUAGCAAGAAAGGCAAGUAGCAUUGUCACUAACAUCCAUGACAAUCAUAAGCUACAGGGUGUGAACUCCGCCGCUGCUGCUGUUAAGCAUCAGCCCUCGAUAAAGCCCCUAAUUCAUCGUGCCCCAAUUAGUAGUAGUAACAACAAUAGGUUUUUGUUGUCAAGAUUGCCCGCCAACAACAACAUGCAUUGUCUGCAUUCAAAUUCGGAACUGUUGGAUGACAUUAAGUACAUCGACAGCGAUGACACCGAACGUCAACAACAGCAACAUCAACAGCAGCAAUUACAACAAAGACAGCACAAACCGAAACUCCGACCAAAAUCUUCCAUUAUUUCCUCGUCCAAUCAGAGUUUGCUCUUCGAAAAGGUCAACCCGUACAAGUAUCAGAAUGGAACGUUGCUCUCCUCGUCCCCGCCGGUCUCAUCGUCGGCACCCACAUCGACAACAUCGACAGCGACCUCAUCGCCGUCCUCAACGCUGCCAUUGAUGGGUGGACGCAGGUGCGACACGUCUAGUAUUAAGGCAUCAAUUGAGAAGUUCAAUACGCUGGCAGAAGCCAAACGUCUACCGACCAGAUGUAGCACCACCAACUUACAACUAUCCAACGAUUAUGAUAGGCGAGUCCCACUGCGGGAGCGAUCGGCGUCUCCGGCCACGAGUAGCAGCACGGCCACAACCCGAGGCUCCAGCAUCACAUCGAACCUGGCCGCUAGUAAUAGCACGAGCAGUGGCAGCAUAGCCAGCAAUAAUCUGAUCCUAAGAAAUCGUAGUACCGAAUCGUCGCCAUCACAUUCGCCAAAACAUCUGCGAAAAACCUCGAUCACUACAUUCACAGGUGGUCUCAAUGGAAGUACAUCGAAUUUGGUGAAAAGUAGCGUCACCUAUGACAAAGUAACACUAACUACGGUGUCAAUGCUAAGCUGUCCAACGCCAACACUUUCAACAGUCACCUCGAGGACGAUAUCGAUAGAGAAAAAAAUACCGCCAUCAGCGCCAUCUGCAUCGUCUUCUUCUUCGUCGCCAUCGAAUAAAAAUUCUGACAUUGAUGAAAGUGUUCGGAAUACUUCCUCACUACGGAGUACCCUUCCACCAAUAUCACCGAAACCAACACGUGAUUGGGAUCGUGACAGCAGCACAUCAUCGAUUUUAUCUAGUCGAAAUCUAUCGGAUGAUUAUUCGUCGUCAUCAUCGAGAAAACUAUCCCCAGAACAAGAAGGAUUAUGUGGACUGAGAAAUAUCGGCAAUACAUGUUUUAUGAAUUCUGUUAUUCAAUGUCUAAGUCACACCAGCGAGCUAACCAAAUUUCUAAAAACACAAAACGGUGUAAGAUCCUCAUCGUCGAAGGAUCAACAAAUUUUAAGCGAGUUUGCCAAAUUAAUACGUGAAAUGUGGACUUCAAACGUAAAUACCGUUACACCGAGUGAGCUUAAAAGAGCAUUUUCAAGCAAACACAGAAUGUAUAGUGAUUAUAAUCAACAAGAUGCGCAAGAGUUUUUGCGUUUCUUCCUUGAUUCUUUGCACUCUGCAUUAAACUCAGGCGUAAAAGGUGACCUUUUAAAAAUUGAUGAAAGUUUAAGUGACAACCGAAAGGCUGAUAUAACAUGGGAAUGGUAUGCAAAGGCAGAAAACUCUGUCAUCCGUGAUUUAUUUGUUGGCCAAUUAAAAAGUACACUAAGAUGUACCGUUUGUGGCAAUACAAGUGUAACCUUCGAUCCUGUUUGGGAUUUGAGUGUGCCACUGCCCUCGUCGUCACGGUGUAAAUUAGAAGCCUGCUUGGAUCUUUUUAUCCGCGAAGAAAUUCUCGAUGGAGACGAGAUGCCAACCUGUUCAAAAUGCCAAACACGACGGAAAAGUACGAAAAGCUUUACAAUUCAACGAUUUCCGAAGUAUUUGGUUAUCCAUCUGAAACGCUUCUCAGAAACACGAUGGAGUAAAAUGUCGAAUAUUGUGGAAUUCCCUACUGGCGAGCGAGAAUUGAAUAUGGGUCCUUAUGGAUCUAAUUCAAGUACAAAUGUUUAUUAUUCUUUGUAUGCAAUUUCAAAUCACAUGGGUUCAACAGCAGGUGGACAUUAUGUAGCAUUGUGUAAACAUCCUAAUACCAAAAAAUGGCAUGAGUUUAAUGACAAUGUUGUCAGCAGUGAAUUGACAGAAAGUCAUUUAGUGUCAUCUAGUGCCUACAUUUUGUUCUACGAACGAGCAAAUUAAAAAAUAAAAAUAAAAACAUCCACACACAACAUUUAAAAAAUAAAAAAUAAAAACAAUAAAAGAAAGCGGCAAUAUUAAUCACAAAGACAUCCCUUGUCUCGUUCAUCAUUAUUUUCGCACAGUCAGCGACGAAAUAUUGAAGAUCACUUAAACAACAACAACGCCGAUCAAGCGUUGUCACAGCGAAAGAUUCAAAAUAAUUUUAAAUUCAAAAGAAAUCAAUAUCACGACCGACAAGAAAAUGUUGUUGUUGCAUUUCCCGAAUCUAUAUUUUAUACAUCAAAUAAAACAUUCAAUCCAUUUGAUCCAAGAACUCAUCGCAAUGAUGAUGGUAGUGUGAGGUUGAAAAGCUUCAACAACAACAACAAACAACAUCAUCUCAAGCAUCAAGAACCUAUUUAUCUUAUGAACUUUCUGCUUGGAAUUAUAUUUUAUGCAAUAUUUUUUACAUCAUGUUAUUAUUUCUUUUUUUAAAAUUAUGGCAGACAAGUUUAAAUAAAUAAAUAAAUUUAAAUAAAACUUAAACUUAAUUUAAAACAAAAAAAGAAAACAAAACUACAUUUGUUGUUCAAUCCUUUUAUGAUUUAUAAUUGUUAUUUGUUGUAUUCUUUAUUUUGUAUAAUUUAUUAAUAAUAAUUUAUUCUAUUAUUUUAUUAUAUUUUUUUUGCACACACAAAAUAACAAUGUUUUUAUUUUUGUUAAAAUAAUAAAAAACGAUCAAACAUCUAAAUAUUUAUAAAAACAUUUUUAAUUCUAAUCUGAUGAACCAAAGACUUUUUGAAAAGAAGUAAAUAUAUGUAUGAUUAAAAAUAUAUAAAAACAUAAACUUAUAAUUUAAAAAACCUUAGACUUAUAAGUUGAUUAAAACAAAACAAAAGAAAGAACACUAAAAAUAGAAAUCGAUUUUCUUUGAUGCCACAAAAGCCAUUUACCAAAAUAGUAAAGAAUCGAAAAAUAUGUAAUAAAUAUUAAACAAAAUAAAGUAAAUUAAAAAAAAAAACAUGCGAAACAACAAGUUUUAUUAAGUGCAAUUAAUAAAAUCUAAGAAUAGUUAAAAAAAGCAAACAAACAAUAAUAAAAUAGCAAACUAAGAAAUACAAUUUAAAUUUAAAAAAAAGAAAAGAAAUUAACCAAAAUUGUGUAUCAAAUUUUAACAUCAAAGCUGAAAAAUAAUACGAACUAAAAUAAUAUUUCCAAAACAAAAAUAAACAAAAGAAUGUACGGAAUGUCGAAAACUAAUUAACAACAAAAACUUUAUUUAUUUUUAUUAAAUAAAACAACAACAGAAAAAAAACUAAAACUAAAAAUAAAACAGAAUUAAAAAUAAUACGAAAAUGUAAAAUUAAUUUUAAAUAAAAUAAAAAAGUGCUUUAGAAGUUUAAGUUUUAAAAUGUAAAUAUAUUAAAAAAAAGGAGUCAACAUUUUUAUUUGUCUUAUUUUAUGUUAUUGCUUUUGUUUUUUGUUUCUGUUAUUAUUUAUAUAUAUAAACAAAAAAUCUUUAAUGAUGAAUAAAAAGAAAGUUUAUUUAUUGUUUGGUUAUAAUAAUGUCGCAUGUGAUUUUUAUUGUUAUUUCAACGGAAGUCAUAUAAUGUUUUUAUUUUUAACUUUCAACAAGAGAUUUAGUAUCCAUUAAAAGGUACACAGUAACACUUAAAUACAUUAACAAGAUACUCAUUACAUACUGACAUUUUGGAACAGUGGUUUUUAAACAUCAACCAACAAGAAAAACACCCGACGCAUAUUCAAAAAGCUAAAUAAUACAAUUUUUCAACUCUCUACUAUCCACAUUUUUAUGAACUUUAGAUUAUAAAUUAAUAUAUAAUUCAUGAAUAUAAAAAGAAAAAAAAAGUACUAAUAAAAAGAAACUAAUUAUUUUGUCGUAAAAA